AUGGCCGGCUCAUACAUCCAGUUAAGCGAACUAUACGAUUACUCGUCCGAGGAAUACGUCCCGGCAUUGGCCUUGUCCCAGCAGAGCUUCUUGUGCUUUUUCCUCUUUGUGGUUGGGCUCUCUAUCAUCUUUGUCACAUCGAUGACUGAGAAGAAUACACACACGUUGUUCGGUGUUUCCGAUGUCAAACACUUGGCGUUGUCUGCCUUGGCCAGUGUGGCCCUUGGGGGCGGCUCCGUCUACUUGGCUAACUCCGUUGGUGUCUACGUUUAGUCUGGGAUGUUAUCCCUAUUCAACUCAACUCUGUCAUGCAACAUCUGCCAUUUUCCAUUUCCUGAUUGAUCAUUUUUCUAUGUUUCUCCUUCUUUCAUUCCAUUCAAGUCUCCAUUGAGAGCUUAUCGCUAAGAUGUAAUUUUGUUUUAAACUCCUGUUAGAAGUUUCGUAUUCUUAUUAUACUUUUCAAAGUAAUAUAUGUUGCAGUGGAUAUCUGCGAUCCAAC